GAGCUAAGGUAAUUGAACGUGUGAAAAAACAUCAGGGAAACUGCUCGGGGACAAAUCUCUCCGCCGUGAAUAACUUAGCCAAUUAAGCGUCGUCAACAAGCGUCGGGCUUGCGGUUUUCCAAGCCGGAGUCAGUCACUUGGCGACGCUUGGCGAUAUCGGCAGCAGCAUGCCCAAACUACAGCCCACACUGGAGGUCGUUCCAGAGAAGCCUGAAACUGGGCUGGAUUCCGCAGAAACUAAAAAGUCGGCGGGGGAGGAGAGCCAGCUGGACGCGAUCAUCAUUGAGAUCGGCCAGUUCGGACGCUUCCAAAUCUUCAACUACCUGUUGCUCUGCCUCCCUAUCAUCUGCAACGCCUUCUACUCCAUUUCCUUCGUCUUUACUGCCGGUGAUGUGCUUCACAGAUGCAACAUCCCUCAGUGCGAUGGCUUGGGUACCAGCUAUGAUGAACCCUUCCUUAACUUCACCAUUCCGCACCGCCACGGAAACUGGGAUCAGUGCCAGCACUACGCCGUGAGAUCAGAUCUGGUGGGUGCCACUACGUGCAAUGCCAGCAAUUUCGAUCCGGGUCAACGAGUUAGCUGCGAGGCGGGCUUCAAGUUAAAAAGCGACGAUAAUACGAUUGCCAGUGAGUUCGGCAUAUUCUGCGCUGACCAAUGGAAGCUAUCGCUGGUGGGCACAGUCAACAAUAUAGGACAGUUUGUGGGCAUACCCCUAGGAGGUUAUCUAGCCGAUCGAUAUGGGCGGAAAUUUAUACUGGUCGCCGCCGGAAUCCUAAGCUCCUUUGCGGGACUGGCUCGCUCCCACGCGCCGGAGUACUACAGUUUCCUGAGCCUUGAGUUCCUAGACAUGGCCGUGGGCAGUACCCUCUUCCCCACCGCCUUUCUGUUGGCCGUUGAGCUGGUGGGCCCCCAGCACCGCGUGGUGGCCGCCACCAUGAUAAGCCUGACAUACGGUCUGGCGGAGGCCUUCAUGGGUUACCUAGCCAACUACCUGCGCGACUGGCGCGUCCUGCUGCGUGUGCUCUACACUCCCGCUCUGCUGCACCUGAUUUUCAUCUGCCUGCUGCCGGAGAGCGUGCGCUGGUUGCUCAGUCAGUCGAAGGAGCUUGACGCCAAGGCUACUCUGCGGAGGGUUGCGAGGGUGAACCGGAAGGAACUGCCGGAGCAUAAGCUAAACGAGUUGAUCCGGUCGAACCGCCGGCUGGUGGCCCAGUCCUCCGCCCCCGGUGGCCACUACAGCGUCCGACAGAUCUUCCAGGCCCUAGGCUGUCGCACCGCCCUGUGCUGCUUCGUGUGGUUCACCCACACCCUUAUCGCCCUGGGCCUGAGCCUGAACUCCACCCAGCUAAGUGGCAGCAAGUUCGAGAACUUUAGCAUGACGGGGUUCAUGCAGCUGCCUGGUAUCCUGAUGGCCACCACUCUUAUGAACUGGAUAGGACGACGUUGGGCGCUCAGCUCCUGCCAAUUCACUUGUGCGGCCCUGCUCUUGGCAGUGGCUGCCACGGAUGAAGCGUUCCCACUGACCUCCUCAAUACUUUACUUUCUGGCAAAAAUGACGUCCACCGGAAGCUUUAUGAUCCUGUACUUCUUCACCUCGGAGAUAUUUCCCACGAACUGCAGGAACAGCAUGCUUUCCUUCUGCUCCAGUGUGGGUCGCUUUGGCUCCAUGCUGGCCCCCCAAACCACUCUACUAAUCGUACACUACCAGUAUGCUCCCCAUUUGCUAUUUGCCCUAUUUGGAUUUACCUGCUCGGGUUUGGCUUUGUUCUUCCCGGAAACAACUAACAAGGUGCUGCCCACCACACUGGCUGAAGCUCGUGCCCUGGACAAAAGUAUACCCAAGACAAAAGUAGCGAAAAGUUCUGCCUAAUCGAAAUUGAGGCAGUAUCGCGUCGCCGGUAUCAGUGAUCAAUGUAAUCGGAGCGUGCGGUUUUUGAUGACCAACAAAUUUGUAAGUCUUUAUUGAGCAAUAAACAAUUUAGAAAUCUAAGAAGCCUGCAGACACA